UGUGUGUGGGUGCCCAAGGGAGCCAGGGCUGGGAGGGGCCGGCGGCCUUUGGCUUUCCCGUGCUUCUGCUGCCUCUUGCCUGCCUGCCUGCCCGCCCGUCCGCCCGCGGAGUGGAGCUGCUCCCACUUGGCGUGUUUACUGAGAUUGCUGGGUUGUUGAGCUCAAAGGUUAAAAGUUGUCUGACUGCUUUACCCUGACUGCAAGUGUUAGCAGCACAACCUCCACACCCCAGAGAGCUUUCCACAUUGUCAUGUGAGGAAGAUCAUAAAUGGAAGCAUUUGGGAAGCCUGCCAAGCCAUGUGAUGUUGUUUCUCAACACUGUAGACCUUGCUUCUCUGUUAUUGCUUUUGGCCAUGGAACAAGACUGCUAAGUAUUUUCAAACCCGUGUCUUUUGCUUCCCUCUGUCUAAUUGGAGCAAACAGCUGGGAGAGACUGUUGCUCAAUGACACCCUUUAAAAGCUCUCUUCUCUCCGCCCUGAAGAAGAAUUUCAGAGUGGAAGAGGCGGACUGGGCAGCACGCUGAAUCCUUGGGCUAUUGCCUCAUCACAUCUGCAGUCUUCACAGCCUAGCCCUAACAUUCCUGAAAUUGGGAAACCGGCCAUGGCAAAGAAGAGAGUUGCAAUUAUAGGAGGUGGCUCCAGUGGACUUUGUAGCAUCAAAUGCUGUUUAGAUGAGGGUCUAGAGCCUACAUGCUUCGAGAGCAGUGAAGACAUUGGGGGGCUCUGGAGGUUCAAGGAGAAUCCUGAGGAGGGACGGGCCAGCAUCUAUAGAUCUGUCAUCAUCAACACCUCCAAAGAGAUGAUGUGCUUCAGCGACUUCCCCAUCCCAGACGACUUCCCCAACUACAUGCACAACUCCAAGAUUAUGGAUUAUUUCCGGAUGUACGCCAAGCACUUUGAUCUUCUGAAGUAUAUCCAUUUCAGGACUAAGGUAUGCAGUGUAAAAAGGCGCCCAAACUUCUCUAGCACUGGCCAAUGGGAUGUUGUCACGGAGACGGGUGGAAAAGAAGAAUCAUCCAUCUUUGAUGCAAUCCUGGUUUGCACUGGGCAUCACACAAAUGCACAUCUGCCGCUGAACUCCUUCCCAGGAAUUGAGAAGUUCAAAGGUCGCUACUUUCACAGUCGUGAUUACAAGAGUCCAGAUGAGUUUGCCGGGAAAAGAGUAAUUGUGAUUGGCAUUGGGAACUCAGGCGGGGACCUCGCUGUGGAGAUAAGUCGCGCGGCACAACAGGUGUUUCUCAGUACUCGCCGAGGGGCAUGGAUACUGAAUCGUGUUGGGGAAGGAGGCUAUCCAGCAGAUGUGGUACUUUCUACUCGGUUUAAUAUGUUACGGAAGAAGUGCUCAACCAUGUCCAUGGUAAAUCACUGGUUGGAGAAUCAUUUAAAUGCAAGAUUCAACCAUUCUCAUUAUGGCCUGAAACCUAAACACAGGGUUUUCAACCAACAUCCAACCGUCAAUGAUGAUCUUCCAAACUGCAUUAUUUCAGGGAAAGUGCUGGUGAAACCAAACAUCUGUGAAUUUACUGAAACUGGUGCUGUCUUUGAAGAUGGCUCUAAGGAAGACAAUAUUGAUUUUGUUGUCUUUGCCACAGGAUACAGUUUCUCUUUUCCCUUCCUGGGAAACACUGUGAGAGUCAUUGAGAACCAGACCGCCCUGUAUAAAUUUGUCUUUCCCCCUCACUUGGAGCAGCCCACUCUGGCAAUCAUUGGCCUCGUGCAACCCCUGGGUGCCAUCAUGCCCAUUUCAGAGCUGCAGGCUCGCUGGGCAGUCCGUGUGUUUAAGGGACUUGCUAAGAUACCAUCAACAAGUGGGAUGAUGUUGGAUAUCACCAGGACAUCAGCAGCAAUGGCUAAACGGUAUGUGAAAAGCCAGCGUCACACCAUCCAAGUGGACUAUAUUGAGUACAUGGAUGAAUUGGCUUGUCUGAUGGGGGUCAAGCCCAGUGUGUGGCCUCUGUUUCUUUCUGACCCCAAACUGGCCUGGGAGCUUUUGUUUGGGCCAUGCACACCCUAUCAGUACCGCCUCGAAGGACCAGGGAAAUGGGAUGGAGCCAGGAAAGCCAUCUUGACACAACACGACCGGAUCCUGAAACCCUUGAGAACGAGGCCUGUUGACAAUUCAAGCAGCAACACCUUUGUGCCCCUGUGGAUCCAGCUGGUUGGCCUUGUGGCUCUCUUGGCUGCAAUUUUUACUUAUUUUUAAAUGCUGAAGAACAACAUUGUUUAAUAAGAAGAGGAAUUGGUUGAAACCAAUCAUAAAUCCCUCCAAACAAAUAAAUCCUGAGGAUAUGAUAGCUUCACUAAUGAAAUUUAUAAAUGUUUCAAAGAUACUGUACUUCAAUCCCUAUUUUGCACAGAACUUUCAAUAGAAUUUUAGACGGUGGCCUCCUCCCCCUGACUCCUGCAAACUCUCCUGGAUUGGUUAUUCCCAAACCUUUUAAAAACAUUUUUUAGGAACCCUAUAGUUCCUAAAAAUUGCUCUUCUUAACAAUUAUAAAACCUAUUUUCACAAAACAUUUUAAUGCUAUAAACAAUUAAUUCAUGUGGACCAAUCAGGUUUUGUGCCAAACAUACAAUUAUAUGUAUAUUAAGUGUUAUUCAAAUUUGUCAGUUAAUUCAAUUAUAUCUUACUGUUUUAUCCCUCAAAAUUUUUAAAGUGUGGGUUGUAAUUUUGUUAAAAUAAAGUGUAUUUUAGCCCCAAA